AUGGCAAUAGCCAUAAUUUAUAUGGCUGAGGAAUUCAAUUGGAGUCCUAAGAUACAAGGCCUCAUUUCGUCAUCAUUUUAUAUUGGAUAUUGUAUGACACAGAUUAUAGGUGGUGCGCUUUCCGAUAAAUUCGGUGGUAAGCAGAUAUUAGGUAUAGCUGCCGCAACCUGGGCGUUCUUUACUUUACUUACUCCAAUUUCUGCCAGAAUAAACUUAUACAUGCUUAUACUGUGCAGGAUUUGUUUAGGAAUUGGUGAAGGUGUAUGUUAUCCAUGUGUUAUCUCUUUAAUCUCAAAAUGGUUUCCAACUCAGGAACGAACUAGAGCUGUUUCU